AUGCUCCCCAUCCUCGCCUUCACCCUACUCCCCGCUCUUGGACUCAUCUCAGCCACGCCCAUUCUCAAACGCGAGACCGCUCGCCUCAUCGAAUCAGGCCGUAACCCCGGAUUCUGCCUCUCGGUACAAGGUGGCCGUGCCGCCGUAUCCGCCGGUCAAGUCACCGAUGGUACCCCAGUCAUCACGCUCGGAUGCGGUCUUGCGUCCUUGUGGGAUGUCUCGAAGGGGAGCGGGUCGGUUCUGGUCUCAGGCACGAAUCAUGCGCUUGAUAUUGGGCUGACGCCGGGUAAUGGGGGUCGGGUCAAGGUCUGGUCUUCGUUCCCUCUAUCCACUCAACAGACUUGGUACCUCACAGACGACAACCGGAUCGCACAGACGGGCGGGAACCAGUGUCUCGAUCAAGGCGAUAAUGGGCUGCAGACGUAUCAGUGUACUGCUGGCAAUAACAAUCAGGCCUGGAAUGUGCACUUCAGUACCGCUCCCCCAUCCGGAUUCCUCUCGGACGUCGGUGCCGGCAACACCCUCCAAGACAUCCCAGGCCAGGGACAGCGUCUUCACCCAGUCGGCAGAUCAGAUCUGUGCAUGACUGUGGCUAAUGGCUAUGCUGGCAGCAACACCAGGGUCGGACUCACUGGCUGCUUCAGUCUCACCGACCCCUUCGCCCCUCUCCAGCUAUUCGACCUCCCCGUCGGUUCCUCCGGCCUCGUACGCGUCCACAGCUCCCCCAAUCUCUGCCUCGACGCAGGCGAUAAUCCCGCCAACGGGUCCGGAGCCAAGAUAUACACGUGUACCGAUGGGGUUCCGCAGCAGAAGUGGGACUUUACAGGGACUGUCCUCAAGACUGCCAAUAACCAAUGCCUCGACAUUGUCAAAGAGUCGGGACCCACUUCUGAGAAGCCUUAUGGGACCAGCAAGAACAUGCAGGUCUGGACAUGCUCGUCUGACGGGGAUCCGUAUCAGGCGUUCACAGUGUCCAAGUAG